UGCUCUCGCGAGAUCGGAUGCCGUGGGGCCUGGGGGUGGGGCUUGGACAGCAUCUGGCGGUUGCCGUGGUGAUGAGCGCCUACCACUCUAGCCUUUGUGAGGCCCCCGUCCGGGGGGCAGCGGGAUCACCUAUGGGCCUGUCCAAAAGCAAACCCAGGAAGAGGAAAGGGGAGGAACACAACAAGAGCCCCGCCCAUUCCGUUUCAAAGCCUAAAGAGAAGGUGAUGGAGAAGGAGGCCAAGCCGCCUGACAGGGACGUCCCGAGUCAGCCUGCUGAUAGCCUGCUGAUGGGGGCAGAGACAGCCAAGUACUCUCAGCCUUCUGCUUCCUCGGAAGGUAGGAGACCCCAGGAGGCCUGCCACAUCAAGGCAUCCGGGAUGGGGCAGAGUUCUAAGACCCUAAUGAUACAGGAGAGAAACCUGAUACAAAACAAAAGUCAAGCAAGAAGAAAACUGUCAUUCCGCAGAUCAUCAUCACGCGAGCCUCAAAUGAGAUGCUAGUCAGCUAUGGCCUCCCUGAAAGUGAAGAACAGAGAACCAUUCGGGAACAUGCUGAUUGGGGCCCUUAUUACCGACACAGGAGCCCCAGCACAAUAGCAGCCUAUGGUCUACCCAGCAAAGAAUAAAUGAGAGCUCCCAGUAGCUGUGAUUGUUUACACAGUCUGGCUAUGCUGACAGAAGGGCCACCCCACCUUAUCAGGGAGCUGAAUGUUCUCCUCCAGUCUGUGAGGUCUUGUCUCAAUGUACAUUCGUCUUAUUUUCCUCAGAGCCAAUGGCAGCUUGACAGGGAAGAGAGUGGCUGGUUCAGAAAGUACAUUUCGAGGUCCUAAAGGUUUAACUAGCAUGUCUCUAUUAGAAAUAGCUGACCAUUAAGUGGUGGAGAACAGGCAGUAGUUCACACUGUGAAUGAGGUGGGCACUGAAAAUAUUUUCUACUUGUUUCUAAGGAUGUGUGGUAUAAGCACUUGGAGGUUGGUGAAUGCCAUGCCCUCAAAUUAGUCAAGAGUCUGAGGUAAGGAUUGCUGUGAGUUCAAGGCUGACCUGAGCUACAUAGACCAACCCAAAUUUAUCCUUGCCUCAAAAAAAAAAAAAAAAAAAAAAAAAA